AUGAAGUACACAGCUAUCCUGCCCUUUGUGGCAGCGGCAACAACAGCCUUCGUGAUCCCAGAUGAGGUUACUGCCCAGAAGUUGGCUCUCAAUCCCGAGCCGCAUCAUGAUGAGAAAUCAUGGUGGGAUAGCAUCCCAUCACUCGACGAUGUCCGCUCUUCGGUCGAAGACACCUUCUCGGAUGCCGUCGACGCCUUCGAGAGCGGCGCUCAGUCGUUUCUAGAUUCGCUUCCCGAGAUUGACUUUGAGAUUCCAGAUUUCCUCCCUGAGUCCUGGGAAGUGGAACGCCCGGGAAGAGGGCGAAAGGGUCAUCACGGCAGGCAUGGUCACCAUGGCGCCACGAAUCUCACUAUCUACCAAGCCAUCCAUGAGUCCAAGUACUCGACCAAGUUCGCCAAGCUGGUGGACGAGUACCCAGACAUCGUCAAGGCGUUGAACACGACCAAGCACAACGUAACUGCGUUCGUGCCUACGGACAAAGCGUUCGAGAAGAUCCCCGAUCACCACAAGAAACCCUCCAAGGAGUUUAUCGAGAAGGUCUUGGAAUACCACAUCGUCCCGGGUCUCUACCCGGCCGGCAGAGUCUUGAUCAGCCAUACCUUACCUACAUUCGUCAAGGAGGACUCAUUGGGUGGCAAGGCCCAGCGGCUCCGAGUAAGCGUUGGUCUUUUCGGUCUACGCGUCAACUUCUACAGCAAGGUCGUCGUUGCCAAUAUAUUCGCCGCCAAUGGUGUUAUUCACGGAGUCGAGAGCAUUCUUGUUCCUCCCCCUCCUGCAGGCCGAAUCAUCUCAUUGUUUCCCCAGAAAUUCUCAACUCUUAUUCUUGCGGCUGAGAAAUCGGGCUUGUCGAAGGAGGUUCACGGACAUAAGACAACAGGAUCUACUGUCUUUGCACCGACGAAUUGGGCUUUCCAGAAGCUUGGCCCGCAUGCCAACGCUUUCCUUUUCAAUACGGAAAAGGGUUUAGGUUACCUGAAGGCGUUGUUGAAAUACCACAUUGUCGCCAAUGAGACCCUCUACUCUGACGCUUACUAUGGCAAGGAUGGGCGCACGGAGGUUGAUACGAGCGCAGCACAAUUCCAUGUGGACCUCCCAACGCUACUGGACGAGAAGAGCCUCAGUAUCGACGUGGCCAGAUGGGGCGGCUUCAUCAGCAUCAAGAUCAACGGCUUCACACGUGUUUCUAUCCAAGACGGCAUUGCAAAGGACGGUGUGAUCCAGGUUGUUGACAGCGUGCUGAUUCCACCACACGAACACCACGGGGAGUACAUUGAUGGAGAUGAGAUCGAGGUCGAGGAUUUGAUCGAGCGAUUGGAGCCAUAUGUGGAGAACAAGAAGGAACAGUCUCUCUGGGGUGAGUUGUGA